GGGAGACUUUGUUAAUUGAGGUAUCCGGGCUUGAUACACAGUGGCUAUGUACAAUGCCCACGUCUCACGAAAUAAACGCAUUGAAGUCCACCCGGCUCGCCCUACAUCGGUUGAGAGCAUAUAUAGUUCCUCGGCUGGCCCUCCAUUGCGUCCGGGCUGCUGACCACCUCUGGUUUAGCGUAUGUGCAAAGCCACAUAUGUCUCAGUCCAUGAAACAGUAAUGAAGUCUUGCACUAACGUACAUACUAUAUCUUGCUUGACUCCCUAUGCCGCCUGCCUUCAAAUCGCAUUGGGUUAUGGGGUCAGCAACAAGUCAAAGGAUGCGGUGAAUGAUUGUCUUCGCCUGCUUGAGGCCUCUUAUGCGGCAGGAUUAUCACGUUUGGCGCAAUUUUCAGCAGCUGUGGCUCGCACCUUGUCACCCUCAGGGAUGAAGUUGACAGCCUCGAACUUCAUCAGUGCGCUACAAAUCAGGGACAGCAAGCCCGCGGCGAAGACUAUCCAGAAGAGGCGGACAACAACAGUCGUCAGGCCUUCGACGAUAGCGGGGACCCAGGGCCGGAUCAUCGCGAGCCCUCUCGAACAGAACCGACUUGAUGUCGGUCAGCACCUCAAGGCACUCGAGGUCGGUGAGCGUCUGGCUGGCACCGCCCUCGGCGGAGUGCUGCAUACGCUGGCGGCCAACCUUUUGAUAGACGGCCCUAGCUAUAAUGACACCACUAAGCUGGGACAGAUUGUAUAGC